AGAGGAGGGUCCCGGCGUGUGCCUUCAUUAAGGAGGGGCAAAGCGCGCAGAAUGAUAAAAAAGCAGGUACAUCUGCUAACCAAUCUGUAUCCCUCCUAAUAUUUUCCUCCGAAACUCGGUGCUUGCAUCCACCCCCUAGCAAAUCCACCGGGAUCUUGGUGCCAUCUGAUUGGCCGCGGAUAUGGAAACAAGGGGCGAGAACAAUGGCAUCAUUGCUCCUUAAAAAGAGUGCAGCUAUGCCUUAGAGACGAAAGCAUUUCGGGAACGGAAAGAUCAAUAGCAGGGAAAUACUCAAGGAAUUACAGUUCCCGUCUCUGUUAGCCAUUUCUUGGCUACGACUGGAUUUUUAAACCGUGUUUUUCUUCGAGUGUAGUUUUUUUUUUAUUAUUUUGUAAGUGCCUUCAGUUCUUCGCCAAGAUGCCCAAAGGUUUUCUAGUGAAAAGAAACAAGAAAUCUACACCCGUCUCGUACAGGGUCCGCAGUGACGAGGAAGACCCGGAUCCGUUGAAGGCUUUGCACAACUCGAGCUCAUCUUCUGCUUCUCCACCAGUAUCGGCGUCAUCCAGCCCGGACCGCGCUGCAGCAUCACCGCACAAUACCUCCUCUUCCUCUGAUGGACAGGAUGCUAGACCCGUGCAAUUCGGCAAUCCGGAGACGGUGUACCAGGCACUCUAUAGCCCCACCCGUCCCAUCAGCAAGGAGCACGAGAGGAAAUUUUUUGAGAGAAGUUUUAACCUGGGAUCCCCAAUCUCAGCUGAAUCCUUUCCGACUCCGGCUGUUCUUACCACCCUUGACCAGCUCCUGUUUGCUCCAGUGGAUUUGAAAAUCGGCUCUAGUAACAGCAGCUGUAGCAAUGUGACAGCAGUCCUCCCGGCGGCUGUGAGAAGUGCUCACAAGAGAGCCCCGCCAGACUCUGAGCGCAAAAGCAAAGCGGCGGCUAAGAAACCCAAAGCUAUUAGGAAACUUAAUUUCGAAGACGAGGUCACCACGUCUCCAGUUUUAGGCUUGAAGAUAAAAGAAGGACCAGUUGAUCUGAAGCCUAGAACAGUCUCAUCCGGCGGCAACAAACCUCUGGGGGAAUUCAUCUGCCAGUUGUGCAAAGAGGAAUACGCGGACCCCUUCGCUUUAGCUCAGCACAAGUGCUCCAGGAUAGUGCGGGUGGAGUACAGAUGCCCUGAAUGCGAUAAAGUCUUCAGUUGUCCUGCUAAUCUGGCAUCCCACCGGCGGUGGCACAAGCCAAGACCCCAGAACCCGAACGCCGGACCAGUCGUUCCCGGAGCCAAGUCAGAGAGUGUCAAGCCUCCUUCGGGAGAUCUGAAAGACAAGGCAACUGAGGAGCUAAAGGACCCGAGGGGCGAGGCAGCGAGCGAUCGCGACACCCCCAGCCCGGGGUUAUCAGAGUCAGGUUCUGAGGAUGGUCUCUACGACUGCCAACACUGCGGUAAGCGCUUCAAGCGCCAGGCUUACCUGAGGAAACACCUGCUGAGCCACGCCGGCGCAUCCAGCAAGGCGACCUGCGACGAGCAGCUCCUGUACUCAGCGGCUUUUGCUAACAGCCAAGAGAUCGAGAAACCGCCCCGCGCGGAAAGCCACAGCCCCGCGCCUUUAAAUCUUAGUCCCCUGGAGUGCCACUUGUGCCCCGUUUGUGGCGAAACCUUCCCCAACAGGUCGGCUCAGGAGCGCCACCUUCGUCUGCUGCACUCCUCCCAGGUGUUUCCGUGCAAGUACUGCCCAGCUACUUUCUACAGCUCUCCGGGACUGACAAGGCACAUCAACAAAUGCCACCCCUCCGAAAACCGGCAGGUGAUCUUGCUGCAGAUGCCUGUGCGCCCGGCGUGCUGAAACGCCCAAAGUUGUGCCUUAAAAAAAAAAGACUUGCACCGGCCACUCUGUGGAGCUCUACACUUGAAUACUAUAUUUUUCAGAUUUCUCCUUAAGGUAGUUAAAGAAAAGAAAAGAAAUUAGAUUGACUGUUCUAAGUAUUUUUAUAGGACCUCUGCACAUGAUCCAAUGUUUUAGCUUCUAGACCUAAGAAAGGUUGUCUCAAUAGGUGUACCUAUGUAAACGCCUUCAAUUCACAGGCUGUGCAUUUCUCUUCUUACUUUAUUAGCUUUAAUAUAGCUUGUGAAGCGCUGGACAUUGACAUUUAGCUUUGUCUUUGAACAAAUCAAAGUCUAUACGUUCCUUUAGUGUAGCCAUAAAUGCCUUGAAUUAGCGUCCUUUUCCACAUCGACGAUCCUUGCUGUAAACUGCCUUAAAAAUCAUUGUGAUCUCUCAUAUAUAUGAUUGUCUUCACUUUUAAAUGGAGUUGGUAUGAUUUGAAUGUUCUAUUUUUGGUUCUAAUUAUUAUUUUUAUUUAUUUAAUUAAUUUAUUUAUUUAUUCAAAUCGAAAUUAUUGUUUGCUUUCUUUUUGGGUUGUCGUUUGUAUGUAUAUUGUGAAAUCGAUGAUAAAUUAUUUUGAUGUUUCGUUUUACAUGUUUUAGCCAAAUAACUGUUUUUGUCAGAAUGGUUUCCUGAGUCUUUAUAAAUGUUGUGGAUGGUUUACAAAUUUAUUACAAUCUCCAACAGCUCUUGUAAAACGUAACAGCUCUUAAUUUAGAUGCAAACUUUUUUCUACACAGGUUAUUUUUCUUAAAUGUUAGCUUUUAUAUAGUGCUUUAAACGUAUGUUUUCAACUGUGUUUGCUAUGUCUUC